AUGUUUUGUCUACCAGCGUAUCUGCUAGCUAUAGCUUGCAUUUUUAUUAGUACAACUCAUGGACAAUUCGAUUAUGGAUUAUGUCCCGAUGGACCAACUUCAAAUACACAGGACCCGAAAUGGCGCCCUGUACCACCUCGAUUUGAAAUAGUGACCGAAUUAGUUUCUGAAAGUGAAGUUUGGGAGUUAUCACAAGCUUUCUCUACAACACGAGAUGCUAUUAUAAGUAGUACUACUAGAGGUCCAAUACAGUUCUACUAUAGUUUUGCAACUAGUGAACUAUUUCAAGUAUUAACUGCUGUUAUCGGUCAACAAGAAGUACUGAAAUGUUUUCGAGAACCAAUUACUGAUCAAAGCGAAACAAGUGUUAUUACACCUAAAACUCUCUUUGUUAAACCAUCAAUACUUCUCGGCUAUGAUCCACGUAAUCAACAAAAUACUGCCUGGGGUGUUCACUAUGAUGGUGAUGGCAAAUUACGUGGUAUACCUACCAAUCGAUUUAAAUCAUGUUUCUUGGUUAGUGAUACUCAAGCAACAGUAUCAGCUACCUAUCAUGUAUCAGAUCCUACCAAAUUUCAAGCUUACUUACCAGCCAAUGAAAGUAUUCCUUUACAAAUCGAAGUAACUACAACAAGUCCACGUGGAGGUCGUGAAUCCUUUGUCUACAACAUUUUCCAUUAUUCACCUAAUCCACGCCAAUUUGAAGAACGUCAAGCAUUAGAAACACCAGCCGGUGUAUAUUGUCCUAAUCGAACGCCAACAUUACCUGUACCAACAAAUAUUCCAGAAUCAUCGAGUGCUAAUACAGAAAUGUUUAUACCGAAUUUCAAUAGUUCUAUACUUAGUUCAAAGAACUUUUUUGAUACUAAUUUUCAAUUUACUCUUUUUGAUGUUUGGUAUGCUGAUCCAGCAGGUGGACCACUUUGGUUUCAUCUGACUGAAGUUCAUGAUUUUGCUGUUGGUCUUAGUUAUCAAUUCAAUCAUUCAAAUUAUCGAUGCGCAGUUCGUGAUCUUAAUACAGGUGGAAAUGAGGCUGUAUCCGUUGAUGGCAAUCCCAGUCUACUUCAGUUGGGUAAUCCUCAACAUAUAUUUUUACUCGAUGAUAUGGAAUAUCAAUAUACUGGUGAAAAACGAUGUCGAGAUCGAGUCUCGUGUCAUGUAUGGAUUGGUGAAAAAUCAUUGGGAAACGAUACAGUUGAACAUCGAGAAUGGUAUUGGGCAACACGUGUUAAUGGUGAAGUAUUAACCGACUGGAUUCCUUCAAAAUUGGUCAUAAAAAGAUACGUAUCUGAAGUUCCAGUAAUGAAUAUUGAAUUAAAUAUUUUCAAUUUUCGCCGUCGUCCCAUGACAAUAUUUGAAGUUGAUUAUACAUUAGCUAACUGCUAUCGUGCUUUGGGUCCCUCUGAAAAUUACAAUCUUGCAGUUUUGUCAUUUACAAUCGACAAUGAAAAAAAGUACCCGGUAAUGCAAAAUAUAAACUUUUUACGUCUUCACAUAUGGGAAACACUCAUUUUUUCUAUGUUUGUUCGACCGAUACGUAUUUCACAUUUAAAUGUUGAUCAUAGGGAUACGGGAAUUUUAGUUACAUUUACAUUACUUGAUGCGCCACCGCGCACUGGACCUGUUGAGAAUCCAUUAAAAGAAUCAUCAUUGGAUAACGUUAUCGAUCGUCUUUCAUCAAUAAUCGAUGCCAGUGGUCUUGCUUUUCGUGCUCGAUAUGAUACAAAACAAGUUGUUUUACGUGCACGCGUUGGCUCACUGAAUGUUAAUCAUCGAAGUUCAAAAACUAAAGUAAAAACUUCAGGUUCAAAAAUAACUGGACUCUGGGUAGGUUUUGUUGUUGCCGGUCUCGUUGUUGGUGUUGUUGGUGGUUUCCUUGUGUUUCAAAAACUGGCAAGUAAAUAG